GCCGGUGCGAGUGUGUGGCGGUCUCUUGUCGCUCUUCGGGCUGGAGCAGCGCGGCGGCGGGAAAUCGCCAAGCCUCUCUCGAUGCGCCUGAGGGAAGGGGGCCUUAAAAUCCCAGCCCGCGAGCGGACCGCACUACCGCCAGACUCCCGGAGUGCGCCUGGAGAUGCCCUGUAUCCAAACUCAAUAUGGGACCUUGCUUCAGAGCGGAGGACCCUGUGAGCGCUACCCAGCAGACCUCUUGACCCCUGAGCUUGGCAAAUCCACCAUGGACCUGAUGAACACAGAGAUUACUGCUGCCACCACCUCUCUGCCCAGCUUCAGCACAUUCAUGGACAAUUACACUGGUGAAUUCGACGCUUUCCUCUACCAGAUCCCAGCGGCAAACCCUACCACAACGUCCUUCAAGCUGGAGGAUUUCCAAGUGUACGGCUGUUACCCUGGCUCUUUCAGCAGCCAGCUGGAUGAGACUCUGUCCUCGAGUGGCUCAGACUAUUACGGCAGCCCGUGCUCCGUCCCCUCACCUUCCACACCAACCUUCCAGACUUCCCAGGGGCCAUCUUGGGAGAACUCUUUUGGGGCCUAUUCCCCCCCUCACACGUAUGAGGGCAUGAGGCCGUGGGUGGCGGGAGCAACGACAACAGAGCCGCCAAAAACUGGCUCUGCCCAUCCUUCCUACUUCUCCUUUGGCCCCUCCGCUCACAGCCCUGUGAUCCCUCCUCAGAGUCCCCUGAAGAUGCAGUCAGCUGCCCACCAGCACUUGGUGGAUGGAGACGUCUUCUCACUUCCACAAACCUCCCCUUCAGUGAGUUUUUCCCCUUUGCCGCUCAACCAGACCUCUCCAGUCCUGGACAGCCCCAGCCUGAUGGACAAUUCCCUCUCUCCAACAAAGGCACGGAGUCCCGGUUCCAAUGAGGGGCGCUGCGCUGUGUGUGGAGACAAUGCCUCAUGUCAGCACUAUGGCGUCCGGACCUGUGAAGGCUGCAAGGGUUUUUUCAAGCGCACGGUACAGAAGAAUGCCAAGUACAUCUGCUUAGCCAACAAAGACUGCCCUGUGGAUAAACGGCGGAGAAACCGGUGCCAGUUCUGUCGUUUCCAGAAGUGCCUUGCUGUGGGAAUGGUCAAAGAAGUGGUGCGGACAGACAGCUUGAAAGGCCGUCGCGGUCGGCUGCCCUCCAAACCCAAACAAGCUCAAGAUGCUUCCCCAGUCAGCCUCAUCUCCUCUCUCGUGAGAGCGCACAUAGAUUCCAUACCCAGUGCCACCAAACUUGAUUAUUCCAAGUUCCAGGAAUGUGUCUCAUACCAGUUUGAGAAGGAGGACUGUAUGGAUGUGCAGCAGUUCUAUGACCUAUUGACAGGCUCAAUGGAUGUGAUUCGGAAAUGGGCAGAAAAGAUCCAGGGCUUCCUAGAACUUCCGAAAGAGGAUCAAGACCUGCUUCUAGAGUCUGCUUUCCUCGAACUCUUCAUUCUACGGCUAGCAUACAGGUCCAAGCCAGAAGAGGGCAAGCUGAUCUUUUGCAAUGGAGUGGUGCUGCAUCGCAUGCAAUGCGUCCGGGGCUUUGGGGAAUGGAUAGAUUCAAUUAUAGAGUUCUCGCAGAGCCUCCAUCGCAUGAACAUUGAUGUACCCUCCUUUUCCUGCCUUGCUGCGCUUGUCAUAAUCACAGACCGCCAUGGGCUAAAAGAACCCAAGAAGGUUGAGGACCUCCAGAACCGCAUUGUCAGCUGCCUUAAAGACCAUGUGACUUCUACCACCAAUGAACAAAUGCAUCCAAACUGCCUCUCCAAGUUGCUGGGCAAACUCCCAGAACUCCGCACCCUCUGUACCCAGGGCCUACAGCGCAUCUUCUACCUAAAGCUGGAGGACUUGGUGCCCCCGCCUCCCAUUGUGGACAAAAUAUUCAUGGACACUUUGCCAUUCUGAGGACUCGACUGGGGAUGCUGCCAUGCUCCAGGUGUGCUCCCUUGGGGGAGAGGGAGGGUUUUUCCUUCUCUACUGCAUCCCCCUCCCUUGGUAAAGAAAAACUGGCGGAAGAAGUUCCUUGCCAUCCACUGUUUGGAGGGGAGGCUACAAGAACAUUUCCAGAGACAUUGGAAGAACUUUGGUGUAUGACAGUGGUUAAGGACUGAAGACCACGGAAGACCCAAUGCCACUCCCCCCCCCUUUCCCCCUUAAGCUUAGAGGCUACUUGGACAUUCAGAAUCGUCAUGAAAGUGCUCUCUGAACCUGGGACAACUUCUUGGGUUUCUCUCUCUUUUUUUUAACCUUGGGGGGAAAUCUCAGUGUGCCUUCUAGAGUUACAUGCACAAUAUCCCUAAUUGAUGCUGCCUUUCCCCAUGGCCUACUAGUGGCUUCUUGUGCAAUAUAGCACUAAAAUUCCAUACAGCUGCACCAGUCGCCUUUCUGGAACACUUUCUGGAAUGCUGUUUGUUUUUGCAGGCAAGGGACUCGAGAUGCAAAGAGUUGCCUUCUCAUUUCAUUUUUUCCCACAAGUUGCCAGUCCUGGGUCAAGUCUGGCUGAAACUUCACUCCCAGACGCAGGAGAUGGAAUUUCAUCACCACCACCCCGCACGGAAGCCCCUUGCAUCCGGCACUUGUUGCAGUGGGGGUUGUUAUGCCGUAAAUAAGCACGCGUCCACUGGAUGGUUUUCUGCCCACCUGCUGCUUUUGUCAAUUGCAGUCAAGUUUUUGUCGAAUUCUUUUUUUUGUAAAAGUUGUGUAUAUAUCUAUAUAUAAAUAUAUGAGAACAGCAGUCUUGUAAAUACAGGUGAAUGAAGAGCAGAGGUUAGAAUGGGAAGGGAAAGGGGCUCUUGUGCCUGGCAAUUGUGCAAUGCCCUACGCCUGCAGGACACCCUCUGUCUUUCUGUGUAUAUAAACUUUGUAUUGUAAAGUCCACCAUUUUUUUUUGACAUUUAUAUUUGUCUAUCCCCGCUUUCCAAUUUCCAGUAUGUGACUUUUCAAUUAUUAAUAUAUAUUUAAUAUAUUGAAUAA